CCCUACUAGCCGUUGCUUGGUGGCUGUCAGAGGGGUAACAUCGACCCUAGUGACCCGAGCUGGCAGAAUUAAGCGUUGUAGGCACUCAUGGGGACCGUGGAAGUAACGCGUCUGAUCGUUUCCCUGACGAUCAUUUCUUUAGUAACUGACUGCUACUAUGUUGUGCCAGAACUAAGUAGCGCUCCUACGGAUGAACACCGACAGCCUUAUCAGCUAGGAAAUAACUAUGCCUCUCCCAAUUUGCCAAAGACUGUCAGCGUCAAAUGCCGCGAGUCUGAGCUGGAAAUUGCGGUGAAAGCCGAUCUUUAUAACAUAGGUACUCCUAUCGAGGGGUCCGAUCUGAGAUUAGGAGCGGAUCCUGCCGUUAGGGAAUCAUGCAAGGCUAAGGCUUCUGGACCUUCCGCGUAUACCAUAAUCGCUGACCUAAAGGACUGCGGCACUCACAGAAUGGUCAUAGAGGACUCAUUGAUUUAUGCAAACCUCCUCGUCUAUUCACCGAAACCAUCUCGAAUCGGCAUCGUGCGGAUGAAAUGCGUUGUUAUUCCGAUUGAGUGCCGUUAUAGGCGGAGACUCCAUGUGGAAAGUAGUGCCCUUAAACCAACGUGGAUGCCUAUGUCGUCGGCUCCUUCUGGGGAUUUACUGGAUUUCUCCCUGAAACUCAUGUCUAGUGACUGGCGAGCUGAACGAACCUCUCCGUUCUACUUCUUGGGGGACUUCCUAUACAUCCAAGCCUCUGUCCGAUCAGACAGUCGCCUUCCCCUCACCCUGUUUGUGGACAGCUGCGUUGCUACUCUCCACCCAUCUCAGGGUUCUCACCCGAGAUACUCAUUUCUCGAGAACAAUGGGUGCCUGAUUGACACACUGCUGACUGGGUCCGGGUCCAUGAUUCUGCCCAGGGUCCAGCAGACCACGCUGCAGUUCUUGCUGGAGGCCUUUGUGUUUCCUCGGCAACUUGCAAAUAGGUUGUACAUCACAUGUCACCUGGUGGCCACAGUCAGUGGGGAUGCUGUGGGUGCCAAACGGCGCGCUUGUUCCCUUGUGGAUGGAAGGUGGCGAUCUGCAGAUGGGAAUGACUGGGUGUGCGGUGGCUGCGACACGUACCACAGGUCUGGCCGGCCCAUCUGGUCCUCUGGUCCUGGUAGUCGGCAGCGGCCGACUAGCAUCUCGCGCGAUGGCAUCGGCACUCUGAGCGGUAUGGGUGGUGUCAUAUGCUCCAUUUUUGUACUCGAAUUACAGCUGCUUGUCUCCCCUAUUUUAGAAUGGGAAAUGGAGAUAACCAUGGGGCCUGUAAUUGUCCUUCGAAACAAGGGGGCUGUCGACGCCUUGUUCCCAAACGUUCCACCACAGCCAUCUGGAGCCUACUGGAGACCUGCGAAGGAUUCCAUAAGAGACUGGCAGAAUGAUGGUAGUUCACACUCUAUCCUGGACCUUGCAGAAGAUGAUGAUCUGCCAAACAGAAUGGCUGAAGAGAAGGAAACUGCAGUUGGCCCAAUAACGCAUGAACGAAAUGGCACCUCCGUAGUCCUUCAGCCUCAAGCAGAUGUCGGAUUGACCAGCUCUUUGGUUCUGUUGGGUGAACUUUCUUCUAAGCCUGCAGUUCUUAGAAAGAAAGACUUCAUUCAUCUUGUCCCACCAUCUCAUCCGGAUGGCAGCUUGGCACAGAUGCCUGUAUCUCACCCAUGAAGCUCCAUGGCCACUGGCUUGGUCAUCCUGUGGAAGCCCCCCCCAAUUCUACAAAGCUCCCAGCAUGGUCCCACUUCUGCUACCCAGCAUUCCCUGUGCCAGGAAGUGAACGUCUGCCUGCUGUCCCUGCAGUCACCACUUACUCUGGAUGAGCAGAGAAAUUAUAUAUUUUUAUUCUGUUUAUCUUCUGAGUAAAGAAUUCAGUAUUAA